AUGUCUGUGGAAAAGGUGGAACGUUCUGAGUUUCCAAAAAUUCUCAAAGAGCUUUUAUUAAACCCAGACUACCUAUUUGUGACCGCAGGACUAAAAUUUCACUUGGACAACAUCCUUGAACUUGAGCUAAGCUUCCAUCUUUGGCGAUUGAAAGACGGAGACAGAGUUGUUUACUGUUAUGUAAAACGUAAUGAGCACAAGUGAGUUUGUGUAAAAAUAUUUAAAUUUAGUUUUUACAAAAAUUUAUAAUUAAAAAACAAUUCUAGAUCUCUUAUACAUAUGGAAAGUAAUUGUUAUGAGUAUGGUUUUUGUCAAAAAAUAGCUGAUUCUUUUGGAGAAACCUUAUUUGAAUUUGUGAAUAAAGCGGAUUAUGUUUUUGCCUUUGCAAUUUUACAGCCUUUGUGUGGUUUGGUAAGUUGCUGUGGUAAAAAAUACACAUUUUUACUACGAGCUUAUUAGAAUAACACGAAUUAAAAAUAUUUACAGCUAGAAGAAAAAUUUUUGGAAAUGGGACUGAAAAAAUCUCAUCCAUUCCUGACUAUGUCAGAUGAAGACAACGUUUACUAUAUAAAAGAAUCUAGUCGAAAAAUGUUAGAAGAAAAGUUACUUGAAAUACCUAAGGGCUAUAAAUGGAGCACAUUGAAACCUGCGGAUGCGGCUGAAAUUUUAUCUGACCAAGUUUACGGUAAAAUCACUUCGCCAAAACCUUACGAGUAAGUAGACAAGGUUUGUGUAAUGUAUAUAGAUUUUUUAUUGAUAAAAGGUAUAAAUAACAUAAAGGCUUAGAAAAAAAAUAUUAUCUGUAUAUAUAACAGAAAAUAUAACAAGUAAAUUUGUAGGCGAACUUUGUCUCUUUUGCCUUCAGUAGCAGUGUAUACUGAGGCAAAUGAGUUAGCAUCGUACGAGUUUUUGGACGUAUCAGGAAUGAUAACGUCACAAUAUACAAGACCAAUACAUCGACAUCAAGGAAUUGGUUCUGCCGUCGAAUGGAAACUUUGUCAAGAAGCUUGGAAGAAGUAAGCUAGUUAGUUUUAAAAGCUCAGGGAAAUAAUGUGUUUAAAGUAACCAAAUAUGCAUAAAAAUAUCUUUACUACAUGUAUAUAAAAAUUAUUAGUCAAUUAUUUGUGAAAUAUAAUAAGUAAAAAACCUUUUACAGAACGAAUCUAAUACCAUUCAAAGCCGUAUCGAAGAACCGUAAACGGGUUAUAAAAUUGUCCGACAAUUCUCCGUUAUGGACACAACGUCACGACGAAAAUGGCAUCCCAACAACAGGAAAAUUCUUUAUGUACUGCAAGAAAGAAAUGCCCAAAAUUGAGUUUUACGAAAAUUAA